AUGGCAGAUGGCUUCAUCAGGCACCAGAAGGCCAUCAAAUGCACCCGGAAGGAGUCACUGGGCUCAACAUCAUCAAUCUCCUCUAGCAUCACCACCAGCAACUGCUUUGCCGACAACCUACAACUUGACGCAGCCGACCCGAAUGACACACUCUCCCGACGACAAAAGAAGAACCUCCACAACCACAACACCAACAACAACAAAAGCAAACGGAACCACCCCAAAAGAAAAUCAAGACCAAAUCAGACAACCUUAAAAACAACAAGAUCGAAACCAAGCCAGCUGCUCAAGGUGAUGCUGGCAACCAAGCUGCUGCUGAGCAUGCUGCGCUUGAUGCUGCGGGACCGCCUGCAGCUGCCGCUAGGACCACUCCGAACACCGGCCAACAACAAAAAGAUCAACAACAGGAACAACAACACCACCUCACGCAACAACAAACACCUGACCCACACGAACUCGGACACCAACAGCAACAACAAGAACUACAACGGCGCCAACUCUCCCAACAACAACACGUACAACAGCAAAUACACUUGCAACAACAGGAACUCCGACAAAAACAAGAACUACAACAACAGCAGCAACAACAACAAAUUCCUGCCCUGA